AUGGCUACCUCAGUUUAUAAUAUCUUGUCUGAAUUAGACAAUAUAGAUGUCGCGAAAGCUUACACGUGUGAUCCAAUCGAAUGCAAGAAAUUUGUUAGUAGUGUCGGCCCCUCUACGACUAUUGUACAUAUUAACAUACGCAGCAUUAAAAAGAAUUUUGACGAAUUAUUAACACUACUCACCUUACUUGAAGUUGAUUGCGACGUUGUCAUUCUAACCGAAUGCUGGCUUAGUAAAAUCGCUGACCUACCAGUAAUGGAUGGAUACAACUGUCACCCCACAAAAAAAACGAAAAACCAAAAUGAUGGGGUAGUAAUUUAUAUAAAAAAACAAUUACAGUACACAGUUGAGGAACCAGACUUUAUCAAUGGCAGUUCCCUUACUUGCAAAAUUGGCAAUAAACUAGCCAUAAUUGCCAUUUAUAGGUCUCCUUCGAGCUGUUCUAACCAAGGGUUCGAUCUCUUUUUGAACACUCUGGAUAAUGUACUAAGCUCGGUUAGCAAGUACGAUAAUAUAUGUCUUAUUGGUGAUACUAAUAUAGACAUAACACCUUCUAGUACAAAUGAACGCUCUGCCAGCUAUCUUACUCUUAAUGCUACCCAUGGUCUUCUUCCUGCACAUUAUUUCCCAACCAGAUCAAAUUCGUGUAUAGAUCAUGUAAUCCUUAAAACUAUUAAAAAAUCAACUGUGCUUGUCUUAGACUCACAUAUUACAGACCACCUCCCACUACUUGUUGCAGUCGAGACUGAUAGGUGGGUCAAAGGAACGUUACCUGCUUUUAAAAUUCCUAGCAUAGACUAUGAUAAGGUCAAGUACGAUAUUGAGCACCAUGACUUUAGUCACAUCAUGACUUCAGAGGAUCCUACUAAAGCUACCAUCGCUCUUGUUACUGCAAUACAAAACAUUGUAAGUGCAAACACAAGAGUUGUACAUGUUAAAAAAAGAAAUAGAAACCUAAAACCGUGGAUUACCCCAGGUUUGUUAAGAUGUAUACGCCACCGCGAUAAACUACAUAAAGAAGCUAGAAUGUCACCUAAUAACCCAAUUAUACUAACAACCUAUAAAAGAUAUCGUAAUUUCUGCAACAGUCUACUUAAAAAACUCAAAAACCUACAUGAUAAACACGAACUGGAUAAAGCAAAAUAUAAUACAAAGGCACUAUGGAAUAAAAUCAAGCAUAUUACCAACACAAAAAAGACAUGUGCACCCCCUACGGAACUGCUUGACAGCAAAUCUGAUCUGAAAAUAGCCAUAAAUAGUAUUUGCAAAUACUUUGCUACGAUUGGCUCCGACUUAGCAGCAAAAAUCCCCCCCCAAAUGUCACAAUUGCCUUUAAAUAAAAGCAAUCAUAGUAGCUCCUUCGUAAUUCUUGAAGUAGAUGAGUCGGAAGUAGAGGCCACCAUUAUGAACCUUAGGCACGACAGUGCCACGGGCUGUGAUGGCAUACCGUCCUUGCUCUUAAGGGUAUGUAAGAAUACUCUUGUUCCCCUAAUUACUCACAUUAUAAACACUUCAAUAGCAAAUGGAGUAUUUCCGGAACCUUUUAAGAAAGCGCUCAUUCAUCCGAUCCACAAGGGCGGGGACAGAGACUCCAUCAACAACUAUAGGCCUAUUUCGGUACUUUCAGCCCUCUCUAAGGUAAUGGAGAAGCUAAUUAACGGAAGACUAGCUAACUACCUUAAGAAGUUUAAUAUUAUAGCUCCCAAUCAAUAUGGAUUUAAAAAAGGGGUUUCUACUCAAGAUGCAGUCUUAGAUCUAACAGAGCAUGUAGUAAGAAAAUUAGAUGCAAAACAAAAAUGCCUUGGUAUUUUUAUUGAUCUGAAAAAAGCAUUUGAUACGGUCUCUGUCCCCACCCUUCUUAUGAAACUGGAGUCAAUAGGUAUACGUGGAAAACCCCUAGACCUUUUUAAGGAUUAUCUUCAAAAUAGAAAAAUAGUUGUUAAAAUAGGUUCAUGUAUAAGUGAUGAAGAAACUGUUACGUAUGGUGUUCCGCAGGGCAGUGUGAUCGGGCCGACACUCUUUCAAAUUUAUAUUAAUGACCUAUGUCUUCUGCCGUUGCGAAAGUCAAAUAUCUUUACUUAUGCGGAUGAUACCGCGAUUGUUAUCUAUGGUGAUACUUGGACAGAGGUCAGAACCACUGCAGAGAAGUCCUUGCAAACUGUUGCACACUGGCUUUGCCUAAAUCUGUUAACCCUGAAUGUAAGUAAGACAAACUAUAUGCCUUUCUGCAUUAACAAUAGGAAUAAAAUUGCAACAGACUUUAUAAUAAGGGUUCAUACAUGCUCUGAUCCUGUCCACUGCUCGUGUGAGGCACUUACCUGUGUAAAUCAUAUAAAGUAUCUGGGUGUAGUGAUUGAUAGCGGAUUGAAAUGGUACGAUCAUAUUGACAGUACCAUUUUAAAAAUUAGGAAACUUGUAUAUAUUUUCAAAUCUCUUAGAUACUGCGCAGAUAUGGAUACCAUGAGAAUGAUAUACCUAGCGAUCUGCCAAUCCGUUAUCACUUACUGCAUACCAGUGUGGGGUGGAGCCGCCAAAACCAAGUUCAUUCAAAUAGAGAGAGCACAAAGAGCGGUCCUGAAGGUAAUACUUGGUAAACCAUUUCGGUAUCCGACUCAUUUAUUAUAUGCAGAUAGCAAAUUUCUCUCCGUCAGAAAACUAUUUGUGCUCCAAGCAACCCUUAAAAAACAUACUCAAGUUCCCCCACCAGAUCACACAAAGCGUACAAGAAGAGUUUUAUGCAGUGUGGAAAACCACAAAACUGCAUUCGCCGGUCGACAAUUUUAUGUCAAUAGUACUCUUAUUUACAAAAAAAUAUAUAAAGCUAUUCCUAUUAGUGGCUUAACUCCUCGCGAAGUGAAAAAUAAAACAAUGGCAUUUUUACAAACCCUAGACUAUGUACAAACUGAAGGACUACUUCAACUCCAGCAGUAA